UCUAUUAGCAUUAGAAGAAAAUAAUUAGUAGGAGAGAAGAGAAAAGGCUGAUGGUCUUAUAUUGUUGUUUUUAGUGUGUGUGUUUAAACAUUAACAACCUCAUCAUCUUAAAAGUGCUGUAAAAGGUUUGCGUUAUCACUAAAUGCAUUGUUAUUGGUCAAUAAAACAUCUAACAAUGCAUGUGGUUCAGUGAUAAUGAAAAUAAGGAUUACAUACAAGUUAUUAGCUCGAGUUCCAAUAAAACUCACUUCAGAGGAUUUUGUCUCAAAAGAAUUUAUUUAAUACCAAAAUCCACUACAAGCCAGGCGUAGUUGUCAAUCAAUGAUUUAGUUAAAUAAAAAAUAGAGAAUAUACGGCGAACAAAUUCUUCACUUUAAUUAAUGUAAUCUCAAAUUCAUCCUUUGUGAGGCUAUAAACAGAUUUCUCUGUCAGUGUCUCACUAACUCACAGCACAUCACAUCUCCCCAGUGAUCAGGCUCAAAGGCCCGAGUUCACCUUCUUUUGUUAUUAUUUGUUUGUUAUUAACCUCAGGUAGCAAACCUAAACUAUACCAUGCCUUUUUUUAAAUGUAGUUAUACUUAUUAGAAAAGAGAGGUUCACUUUCCUCCCCCCUACAUCACCACAACAUGAUCAACCCCACAACCAGUCUGUUAAAAAAAGCAGCCGCCUGCUUAGCCGGCACCUUUCACUUUUUAAGCAGGACUUAAUUUACUGCUGGACAUUUUAAAUCUCCUGCCUCUGUGGCUCUGAGUCGCUGACAAACGCCUGGUUGCAAAUGUAUCUCAUUGACUGCUGACUCGGUUGUAUUACAAGCUGGCUGAUAUGGGCUGCCACAGUAAUGUGGUCCUCAGGUUUAUCCUCAGAUGCUGGAGGGCGUGUAUUAAUUUAGUUUAGAUGGGGCCUUAUGAAAAGUGUUCUGGCAGGCAGCAGAUCUCCUCUCCUCUCUCUCUCUCUCUCUCUCUCUCUCUCUCUCUCUCUCUCUCUCGUGUUUGAAGCUAUCUGCCACAGAGCCAAAGUAUAUUCCACCAUCAAUGUGUCAGUGGGAAAGCUAUUAAAACCGCUUUACUUUUCCUAAGUAUCAAGAGAAUAAGCAAAAGAUUUAGUGAAAUCCCCCCAAGAGCACAGAAAAUCGUGAGGAUUUUCCCCCUGAAAUGUUUCCUAAUGGACCGCUCAGAAGUGUCAAAAACUCUUGUUAGACUUCAGGGUAGUUUUGGGAUUUCAGCGUAUUUACUUGGAGCUGAAAUGACAGAAUUUGAAGCAUAAAAGCCACUGAACUCACCCACAUAAUUAGAUGGAAACCCAUUGACCAUCCAACUCUGUGCAGGUUAUGUUUCCCGCAUGAUGUUUAUCAUGAUGUUAAGCGAAGCACAAGAACGUGAUCUGGUGAAUUGGGGAAGUUUAGACCCGAAGGUGUGCGCCUCACUUCUAAUAUACAGUAAAAGAAUCAUAAUGUUUAUAAUGAUAUAGGCCUGCAACUAACAAUCAUUUUACAGUCAACUAAUCUCUUUACUCUUUACUCUUUACUAAUAACCCUAACCCUAACCCCUAACCCUAACCCUUUUCAAGUAACCAAUUAAUUAUUCGGUGAAUAAAAUGUUGUGUUUUAAAAACACUUUAAGGAAUAAAAUAGUUUAUUCCUUAAAGUAAAAAAAAUAGAAAAAAUAGUCACUGCAGUCUCUGGGUCAACUAACCCUGCCCUUUCCUUAUGUCACUAAUGUUGUGUGGGGUCUGUUUCCAUUAUUUUAAAUAAAUAUUUCACUGGCUAUGAGAGAAUAUUUCACUCACCAAUUUGUAGUCAUCAAAUGCCCAUCAAUCUUUUAUAGUCGAGAGGCUGGAACAAGUAAUAUUAUAUCAACUGAAUAAUAAUGAAAUUCCAUUUGUUCUUGAUGGAUUAAUCAUAGUGUCAAAACACAAGCAGAGACUAUUGUUUAUUCACAAUGUCACCUACUCUGUUAAAAACACCUAUUAAAUAAAGCGGCAGCAGCAUCUCUAAACAAUGCAGCCGUUUGGAGAAAUAAAGAAAAAAAGACCGAUUUCACAAGAUACGUGUAGUCAGCUCUGUAACGGUUCAGUUAAUGAAAACAGGCAAAUUAGUGAGGAACACCAGCGCGGAGUCGACUUGUUUGAUUGUUUUCCUGUCAGACUUUGGCGGCGUCCCCCCGGCCCGAGCGCCCCGCCUGCCCCUCUGUGUCGCCUUUCAUUCCCUUUUCACCCCCGGGCCUUUCUGUACCUGUCAAUUUCUUUCUACAGCGUGACUCCUUAAUCCACCUGAGUGCAUGGAGGACAGUUUUGACAUAAGAAGAAAAGAUAGACUCCUAAGGAGAGGACCAGUAUCUUUAGAGCCCGGGGGGAUAAACGGAUUAUGACGGCCAUUUUGUGCUGCUGGCAGUUUUUCCUAUUACCCGUUUUUUUUUUUUUUUCUUCUCUCCCCCCCUCGUCUCUCCAGAGUUUAAACGCUGCCCUUUAGAAGUCACACCACACUGACGAGUGCACACAAAACACGGCGCUCUCUGUGUUGAAGCUUUGAGCAGAAUUAAAUCUUGACAGACGAUGGCGAGUUUGCCAGCGAUGGAUUUCUUGGCCUUACUGAUACGUUCAUGUUGUUGCGCUCGCACGUGGUUUCCCCCGCCGCCCCCCGCGUCUGAGAAACGCUCCAGACAUGCUUUCACUGUGAAGGUAAUCAUUGUCUCCGCGUGGCGGCCGGUGCCUCCCGAGUUUCCGAAGGCCUGAACCGUACAGCGCGGGUGAUAACAGCGCAGCCACGAGUAGACGGAUCAACUGGCCGACCCCCCCCCUGCUGCCAAUCACUUUAUCCCUCCAGCCCGGAGAACACCGCUCACCCAAAAACGUCUUAUCAUCUCCACCACUGAUGCAGUGGGCACCAAGCGGAUCUUUUAUGUCAAUUUAUUUCGCCUUUGAAGAGGCCUGCGGUGCCUUUUGAUUGUGGGAGGUAAAUUAAAUAAAGGCCUCCCGCUCGCUGGUGCCCUGAUAGCAGAGUUUAUCGCCACUACCAAGACCUUUUGCCAGAGCUUCAAGCAACCGCCACGGGUCUGUCCGGAGGGGAACACAUCAUGCUCGUGUCAUGGUAAUAAUCCCGUUUGCAGGAGCCUGAAGCUCCCUCCUAGUAAAUUAGCUUCCGGAGUCUAUAUACACUCCGAUCCCUGUUUUUAACUAAAAGCUCCUAAUUUCCCCGAGUUGCAGCGCACAUGCUGAACGUGAUUUAUGCUCCAUCUCUUCUCCACCGAUGUCAUUUCAAUAAAAGACGAGAGGUGUAUUUUGAUCAGAUAAGGAAUAUUUAUGAAAACUGCAACAAGCAAUGAUUCACCCAUAGGCCGGUGAAUUAUGGCCAUGAUUAAUAUUGAUUUUGUAGAGUACAGGGAAGGGAGAGGUGAGCUGUUUGUAUACACAUUGAUGCAUCAGAAAUCUGCAUCAUGGGACAUCAUUUGAAUGAAUGGUAUGAUUACUUUUGAUGACAAGUUUUAACAAACAAAUCUUGGGAGUGAUUUUGGAAAAUAAAGAUGGGGGCAUGUUUUAGAGGCCCAGGGAUGACCUUUUUCAUUUGGUAAAAAGAGCGUUUUAUGCACGGUUGAUUAAAUCUGUAUUCCUGGUGGAUCGGUUACAUCUUCCUAUGAAGCUGUAACAUUUUGUUGUGUGCUUUUAAUUUUGUAGAAAGAUUCAUAUGUUCCCUGAAACUCCCAAACUAAUUGUGAGGUCGCUUUGGUUUAGUGUUUGUUGUAGUACCGAUGAUAAAACAUGCAGAAUAUGAGUUGAACAUGAACAUAACAACAUUUAAAGAUUUCAUUUCACAAGGUGUUUGGAACCUGUGACUUCAGAAUUUGCAGCAGUGCAAAACAACUUCUGUGUUUCACUCCCUUAACCCUGACACAAUCGUAUAACUCAUAGUUGUGCAGCAGAUUACUCUUUUCUCUGUUCCCCUGCUUGAAUUAGCCUCGGGAGACAUUUGGAGAGACUAACUGUGGGAGGGGGAGGAGGGGGUGAGCCCCUUAGAAAUGUUGUACAGUCACUUUUUGUGAGGGGAUUACAGCGCUCUCUCUCAUUCCCAUUGGCUUGGCCCGCCGUGACACCGGUGUGGCGAUGAGUUGCUGGCAUGCCGAGCAUCAUCCAUGACAAGCUUCCAACUUGGUCCUGCGCGACUCCCAGUCUGCCUUCGCACUUUCUGCAUUUUACCCUGCUUACCUCGUGGAGAAGCUUCCGUCUAUUUGGAAUUCGUUUCUUGCCAUAGAGACGGGACAGACAUUUCUUACAACUUUUCCUUUUACGCACGAGACGAGCAUGAGCUUCUUGGAGAGGUGACUUAAUUCGAAAGUAGCACUGGUGUUUGUUUUGUAAAUUAAUGCUUAAACGUCUGACAUGGCAAAACCUUUAGAUCACAUCAAAAGACCCAUGAACGCAUUCAUGGUGUGGUCCAGAGGCCAGAGGAGGAAAAUGGCCCAGGAGAACCCGAAGAUGCACAACUCUGAAAUCAGCAAGCGACUCGGCGCGGAGUGGAAGCUGCUGCCGGACUCCGACAAACGUCCGUACAUCGACGAGGCCAAGAGGCUGCGGGCUCAGCACAUGAAGGAGCACCCGGACUACAAGUACAGACCCCGACGCAAACCCAAGAGUCUCCUCAAGAGGGAACACUUCGUGUUCCCGCUUCCGUCGUUACUCGGGGACGCAGCGGAGCACUGGAAGGGAUUCUCCGUGGACUCCUUUCUCGUCCCCGGGGACAAAGCCAGAGCGUUCCUCGCCCCCGUCCCGUCCCCGUCGUCCUUCUCGCUGCUGGAGCCGGUGGCGCAGUUCAGCACGGGAGCUGUCCAGCGGAUGGCGGAGAUGCCGCACGCCGCGGCCGCCGGCGCGCUGCCCUACGGCGCGCACGCGUUUGGAUACCAGACUGGAGGGAUCGGGGCUCUGGCUUGCAGCGGACAGCACAGCCACGGUCACCCGGCGGCCUCCAGCCCGGGGUACGUGGUGCCGUGUAACUGUAGCGCCUGGUCUGCGGCCAGUUUGCAGCCCCAGGUGGCCUAUAUCCUCUUCCCCGGAGGGAGGACCAAGGGCGGCAUGGACCCGUACACUUCACCCAGCUCCAGUGUGUGAGAGACUGGACGUUUGGGACCAAGGCAAGAUAACUGGGGCGACGGUGCAUUUUGCGUCUCAGAAAUACUACGGCAAAAGUGGAUAUUGUGCAAAAGUGUUCCAGCAGAUAUCGAUUGCGUUCAAAAUUCACUGCACAAAAAACAACACUCAAGUCGCUGAUCUAAUGCUCACGAGUAACUUUUUGAAACAAUUACUCAAAACGGACUUCCUGUCCAUGCUGUCAAUCACAUGAUAAUAACGCUGUUGAGGAAAGAGCGCGGGAAGCCUGAGACAAUGUGUUUUUUAUUUAUUCAAUAAACCGUAAAAGUCAAAGUAAAAUUCACCUCAUUUUUUAUUUUUUUCCA